AGUGGCAUAAACAAGCUGUACAUCGGAGAAUUUUCCCUGGUUCUGCGUUAUUUGUGACACCGUAUCAGAAUUACUGCUCGCAUUUAGCUGCUUUGGUGUGUUUCUUACGUUUCGAAGCGUUUUAACACGGAGCAUGACGCAGGGUUUUUACGGAGCAACCGCUGCAGCCAAGGAGCGUUAAGUUUACAUUGGCUACUGUUGACAUAAGCAGCCUACAGUAGAAGACGGCAAAUCCGAGUCACAAGACUUCUUCACUGAGCUGGACGGCUGCUUUCUGCCCUCACAGUAGGGUUUACAAGGAUGGAAACGGCUGGAUACCGCACCGGGAGCUUUGAGGCCCUUCAUCACUCCAGUGACGAUGAUGAUGAUGACAUGGUGGACAUCGCUGGGGGGACAUUGGACUUCUCCAACACGGACGACGUCCCCCCUCUUAGCUCAGGAGUGUAUGAGGAGUACAUCAGCAGACCAGCAGGUAUGAAUGGUACCAACCCCACCAAGCUUGUGGACCCAUUGGAGGACCCACUGGCUGGUCUGGGCACCUACGAGGACUUCAAUACCAUCGACUGGGUCAGAGAGAAGAGCAAGGACAGAGACAGACACAGAGAGAUCACAAAUAAGAGCCGACAGUCGACUGUAGCUCUGCUGCACAGCGUCAGUGAUGCCUUCUCUGGGUGGCUGCUCAUGCUGCUGGUGGGACUCAUGUCAGGCGCCCUGGCCGGCGGCAUCGACAUCGCAGCCCACUGGCUGACAGACAUGAAGGAUGGGGUCUGUCUCAUCGGCUUCUGGUUCAACCACGAGCACUGCUGCUGGACGUCCAACGAGACGACGUUUCAGGAGCGAGACCGCUGUCCACAGUGGCAGAGCUGGGGCGAGCUCAUCACAGGGACAUCAGAUGGUGCAUUUGCCUACAUAGUGAACUACCUGAUGUACAUCUUCUGGGCUCUGCUCUUCUCUUUCUUGGCCGUCACGCUGGUGAGGGCCUUCGCUCCAUAUGCAUGCGGCUCAGGAAUACCGGAGAUUAAAACCAUCCUGAGCGGGUUCAUCAUCCGUGGCUACCUGGGGAAGUGGACCCUCAUUAUAAAGACCAUCACGCUGGUUUUAGCCGUCUCCUCUGGGCUCAGUUUAGGGAAGGAGGGCCCUCUGGUGCAUGUAGCCUGCUGCUGCGCAAACAUACUGUGUCACCUGUUCACCAAGUAUCGAAAGAAUGAGGCCAAGAGGAGAGAGGUGUUAUCAGCAGCAGCAGCUGUGGGCGUGUCUGUGGCCUUUGGUGCUCCGAUAGGAGGAGUCCUGUUCAGUCUGGAGGAGGUGAGUUAUUACUUCCCUCUGAAGACUCUGUGGCGUUCCUUCUUUGCCGCUCUGGUCGCCGCAUUCACUCUACGCUCCAUCAACCCGUUUGGAAACAGCCGCCUGGUGUUGUUCUAUGUGGAGUUUCAUGCCCCCUGGCACCUGGUGGAGCUAGCUCCCUUUGUCCUGCUGGGAAUAUUUGGCGGCCUCUGGGGGGCGCUGUUCAUCAGAGCCAACAUUGCCUGGUGCAGGAGGCGUAAAUCUACUCGUCUGGGUCACUAUCCCGUCAUCGAGGUGCUCGUGGUUGCUGCUCUGACCGCUCUGAUCGCCUACCCUAACAGCUACACUAGGAUGAGUGGAGCUGAGCUCAUCUCUGAGCUGUUCAACGACUGCUCACUGCUCGACUCGUCUCAGCUCUGCGGCUACAAACAGCCCACAAACACAUCAGAAACAGGUGUGGGAAACAGCCUGGCUGACCGGCCGGCAGGAGAGGGACUGUACACAGCUCUGUGGCAGCUCGCGCUGGCUUUAGUCUUCAAGAUGAUGAUCACUGUGAUCACCUUUGGCAUGAAGGUUCCUUCAGGUCUGUUCAUCCCAAGCAUGGCGGUUGGAGCGAUAGCCGGCAGACUGUUGGGCGUAGGCAUGGAGCAGCUGGCCUACUACAACCACGACUCCUUCAUAUUUAAAGGAUGGUGUUCACCGGGUCAGGACUGCAUCACCCCAGGGCUCUACGCCAUGGUCGGAGCUGCAGCAUGCUUAGGUGGAGUGACUCGUAUGACCGUGUCUCUGGUUGUAAUCAUGUUCGAGCUGACGGGCGGUCUCGAGUACAUUGUCCCCCUCAUGGCUGCGACCAUGACCAGCAAAUGGGUGGCAGAUGCUUUCGGCAGAGAGGGGAUCUACGAGGCUCACAUCAGGCUGAAUGGAUACCCGUUCCUGGAACCCAAAGAGGAGUUUGAGCACAGCAGCCUAGCUGUGGACGUCAUGAGGCCCAGGAGGUCGGACCCGGCGCUGGCUGUGCUCACACAGGAGGGAAUGACUGUGGGGGAGGUGGAGACGUUGGUAGAAAGCACUCGCUACAGUGGUUUCCCUGUGGUCGUCUCCAAAGAAUCCCAGAGGCUCGUGGGAUUUGUUCUCAGAAGGGACCUGCUCAUAUCAAUAGACAACGCCCGAAAGCGUCAGGAAGGCAUCGUCAGCGCUUCUCAGCUCCUCUUCUCAGAGCACGCUCAGUCUCAGCCCGACGACGGUCCACCACCACUCCGGCUCCGAAGCAUCGUGGACCUGUGCCCCUUCACCGUCACAGACCACACACCUAUGGACAUCACUGUGGACAUUUUCAGGAAGCUGGGGCUGCGCCAGUGUCUGGUUACACAUAACGGGAGGCUGCUGGGAAUCAUCACUAAAAAAGACAUCCUGAAACAUAUGGCGCAGAUCGCUAACAGAGACCCCGACUCCAUCCUCUUCAACUGAGAUCUUCCAGCAUCCCUCCUCUGUAGACCAGGGGAUCCAGGAGACACCAGCUAGAGCGACAUGCACCUUUACCUCGUCAGCUUUAAGAAGGCAGGUCAGAGAAAGCCAAGUAAGUCCUGCUACAUUUGCACAGGCGUUGAGAGAACAAUGGACCUUUCUUUUUUUUAUUUUUUAUGAGACGGGGGCGUUUUUUUUUGGCUUUCUGAAAGAAAAACAAUCUCAGAAACGGUGACUCAUCCUAACUGACGCUGCUGGCCCUGGUUUCAACCUCCAUCAUAAGGAUGUGGGACAAAUACACAUGAGAAAUACUUGGAUUAUUUCACAUCUGCUCCUUUCUUUCUCUUCUCAGAAAAAUUGAAAAACCCUAAGACACAGAAAUCUUCCAUGUCUUUCCCUGUAAACCUAAGAGAAAACAUUCUAAUAAAGAGGCUGGAGCUGAUAAUCCUGUCUUAAACACUGACAAGAAGAAAGGGAGGAGAAAUUAUGGCAUCAGGUAAGGGUGAGCUCCAUGCCUGCCUGCCCUCCGGCCUUCACAGCGAGCCCAGACAGAGCACUCCGAGCUGGGCUGAUGGAUGCUCGGCCACCCUCCUCCUCCUCUUCCCUCCCUCCUAUGAGAGCUGUCCUGAAGCCUCAGGGGUGAAGGAUACAGGAGUGUGAGAGGAGGCUCUGAAACAUACACUUUACACUCCAUAAAGACUACACGACAGCCUGGGAACUCUCCAGAAGCGUCUCUUUCUCUCUCUGUCUUCUUUUUUUUUGUGUCAUAUUUCUAGCGCGGCGCGAGACUCCAGCCUGGGAACUAUGCAGUAUUUUUCGCCAUCUCUGAUCGGCAACCAGGCGGGUCUGUUCUCAUUCAAAAAUCAUUCAAUGCUGCAAUAACCAUGUCAUGCCUUAAGAAAACCAAGAAUCAUGACUCAAAAGUUAAAUAAUGUAAAUGUUAAAAUUUUUGUCCCACUAAAUUAUUUCACAGA